AAAGCCGUCUUACACUAUGCAAUUUGUUGCGCAAGAAAUUGCACAAUUUCUUGUGCUAUAAAAUGUAGCAAAUAUUUGUGAGCUGACUGCUUUAUACUAUGCAAUUUCUUGUGCAAGAUAUAGCCGAGGAUUCUGCGCAUUUAUACUAUAAUUUAUACCAGCUGACAAUCAUACAACCCCAACCUAUAAUUACCACAAGUUUUCAAUAAUUUAUUUUGUUUGUUAUUGUAUACAAUGAAUGUGGAAAGACGAAUAUCUGUUGUCAGUGGAUUGAUCGGUAUAUGUGUAAUUCGUAAAAUUCUAAAAAGACGCGCUGCCAGAAAGAACAAAAAGAGAAAAUUGUGGCAGGAAGAAUGGUUAAAAAAAAGAGAUGUGGGUAAAGGAGUUUUAUCGCUUUUGCAAAACGAGUUACUUCAUGAAGAUCCAGAGGCAUAUAGGAAUUUCUUACGGAUGGAUAACGAUACAUUUAUGGAGCUUUUAACCCUUAUAGAUGAUAUCAUUAAAAAACAGGAUACUCAGUUACGACAAAGUAUCCCAAGUGACAAAAGAUUAGCAGUAACACUAAGGUAUUUGGCCAGUGGAAAUACGUUUAGAGACUUAAUGUAUGCAACAAGAAUACAUGAAAGUACCAUAAGUAUUAUUGUAAUGGAAGUGUGUAAAGCUAUCAUACAAAACCUAAUGAAAACAUAUAUACAGUUGCCUCGAACUACUCUGGAAUGGGAAAACGUGGCCAAAGGGUUUGAAAAACUUUGGAAUUUUCCCUUUUGUCUUGGCGCCUUAGACGGAAAGCAUGUCAAUUUUCAAGCUCCUAAAAGCAGUGGAUCCUACUACUUUAAUUAUAAAGGAUCCCACAGCAUAGUGUUACUAGCAUUGGUAGAUUCGGAAUAUAAGUUUUUAUAUGUAGAUGUUGGAGUCAAUGGAAGAAUAAGUGAUGGUGGAGUAUACAGAGAAAGUAGUCUAAAAAAAGGCAUUGAUAGAAACCUAUUAAACUUUCCAGAAGACCGUCAUUUACCAGACACUGCCUUAAGUGUGCCAUAUGUUAUUGUGGCAGAUGAUGCUUUUCCGCUAUCAAAAAGAAUAAUCAAACCAUAUCCUUUAAGGGGAUUGUCUGUGGAAAAACGAAUUUUUAAUUAUAGACUGUCCAGGGCAAGACGAACAGUAGAGAAUGCCUUCGGCAUCUUAACAAACAGAUUUAGAAUUUUGCAAAACACAAUAAAUUUAAGCCCUGAAAAAGCAGAAAUACUUACGCUAACGUGCUGCAUAUUACAUAAUUUCUUGGCUGUAAGAAACAAGAAGUAUAUUCGACCAGAAAAUGAAAUUAAUGAAACAUGUAGUUUAGAAACCAUAUCACAGCAAGGUGGUUUUAGAGCAAGUAAUGAGGCUCUGCUUACAAGAAACAAAUUUUGUGAUUAUUUUAAUACUGUCGGAAGCGUUGAGUGGCAAAAUAAGUCAAUUGGAUUAGUUUAGGUUCUAUUGUUCACAUGUGCUCUACAGUGAUGAUUAUGUAAUAACGUCAAAAUAAAACUGUAUCGGUGUAAUAAGGAUAAUUGUAAUAUAGGUACAUAACAUAAAAUAUCUUGUAAAAUAUUAACUCAAUAAUGCCUCGUGCAAAACAGUAUGAAUAUUAUAUUGCACUGUCAAUCUUU